AUGGCUCCCUUGUCGAAAUGGUCGGUCGAGUACGAUACGCUCAAGAGAGAGGAGCUCUUCAGGAAUCCACCUAGCAGGGGGAGCGCAUAUCCACAGCUACAGGAUGCGAUCAAGCCUCACGUGGAGUCCUGGAACAACAUCUUCGCGGAUGGUGGCCAAUUGUCCCAUGCGCUCAAAGACAUUGGCACCAAAACAUUUCUGGACGGCGAUGCGCGAACUGCAGCACAGGAUGGAACAAGACGGAAUAGAUUGCAGUUGCGGGUGAAGCAGCUAUACCUGGAGAAGAGCACGUUACCGUCUUCGAACAAGACGCAAACAGACAAGAGAGAGAUCCUGCCAGUGGAGUGCAGAGAACGGCAUUGCACAUAUCGAGGACGGUUUCGAGGAAGGCUGGAGUACAGGAUAAACAAUGGCGAAUGGCAAGAGACGAUCCGCGACUUUGGGCAUUUACCUAUCAUGUUACGAUCGAAUCGAUGUCAUCUGGAAGGACUGUCACCGAAAGAGCUAGUCAAUCGACGAGAGGAGACUGAAGAGCUGGGUGGUUACUUCAUCGUCAACGGCAUCGAGAAGCUCAUACGAAUGUUGAUUGUCAAUCGACGAAACUACCCUCUGGCACUCAUAAGACCAUCUUUCGAGAACAGGGGAGCAACAUACUCAAAGUACGCUGUGCAGAUCCGAUCAGUGCGAAGGGAUCAGACAUCGCAGAGCAACACAUUACACUACCUCACCGACGGCAAUGUCAUCUUCCGAUUCUCUUGGAGGAAGAAUGAAUACCUGGUCCCGGUAAUGCUGGUGUUGAAAGCGCUUGCGGAGACGAACGAUCGCGAGAUUUUCGAGGGCAUAGUCGGACCGGCGGGCGGCAAAGGGCUGGAGAGUCGCCAGUUCGUCACAGAUCGCGUGGAGCAUCUACUUCGGACGUUCAAGGCGUUCCAACUGCGUGGCAAAGCGAAGGCGAGAGCGUACCUUGGAGCCAAGUUUCGACCUGUUCUCAACGUGCCGGAAGACAUGAGCGAUCAGGAAGCUGGAACGGAGUUCUUGAGGAAGGUCGUUCUACCACAUCUUGGUUCAUACGAUGUUACAGAGGCGCAGGACAACGACAAGUUCAGGAUGCUGGUCUUUAUGACCCGCAAACUCUACUCCCUGGCCGAAGGUGAAUGCACACUCGACAAUCCGGAUGCUGUACAGAAUCAGGAGAUCCUCCUUCCCGGAUUCCUGUUCGGCAUGAUCAUCAAGGAGCAGGUCGAUGAGUGGCUGAACUCCAUCGGUGACACGCUACGAAUUUACGGACGCAUGAACCAAUUCCCUCUGUUCACAAGUAAGGAGUUUGAGAAAGACUUCAUGCCGAAGGUCGUGCGCAGGACAAACGAGAACCUGGGCCAAAAAUUGGACUACUUCAUGUCGACUGGUAACCUGGUGAGUCCCAGUGGCCUGGAUCUGCAGCAAGUAUCAGGUUUCACAGUCGUGGCUGAGAAGAUUAACUUCUACCGCUUCAUCAGCCACUUCCGCAUGGUGCACAGAGGUAGCUUCUUCGCACAGCUGAAGACGACGACUGUGAGAAAGCUUCUUCCGGAAAGUUGGGGAUUUCUAUGCCCUGUUCACACACCUGAUGGUUCUCCUUGCGGUCUACUGAAUCAUCUGGCGCACAAAUGUCUGAUUUCCACAGACAACACAGACGCAUCGCACAUACCAGCUCUUAUUGCACAACUUGGCGUGUCCAGUAUAGCUGAUGCAAAAUUGGAAGACAGCGUUGUCGUGCAGCUCGAUGGCCGGAUUCUGGGCUUCUGCUCGCCCAAGCAGGCCAAAGUCAUCAGUGACACACUGCGAUACUGGAAGGUGGAGGGCACUCAUCAUGUACCUGUGGACCUUGAACUUGGCUUGAUCCCGCUCUCUAACGGAGGUCAGUAUCCUGGCCUGUUCAUGUUCUCCGAAGCAGCUCGGAUGCUUCGACCGGUCAAGUAUCUACCACUCGGAAAACAAGACAUCGUCGGACCUUUUGAACAGCCCUUCAUGUCGAUAGCAUGUACGGAACCGGAGAUUGCGUCGAAUGAUUCCACCCAUGUCGAAUACGAUGUGACCAACAUUCUGUCGAUUGUGGCAAACCAGACACCUUUCUCAAACUUCAACCAGUCUCCAAGGAACAUGUAUCAAUGCCAGAUGGGUAAACAGACAAUGGGUACACCAGGAACAGCACUCAAGUACAGAACUGACAACAAGUCAUAUCGACUACAAACAGGUCAGACGCCUGUCGUGAGAGCACCAAAGCAUAACGAGUAUGGCCUUGACAACUUCCCGAAUGGCACGAACGCUGUUGUCGCUGUCAUCUCGUAUACUGGGUACGACAUGGACGACGCUAUGAUUUUGAACAAGUCAGCCCACGAACGUGGUUUUGGUCAUGGAACUAUCUACAAAGCAAAGAAGAUCGAUCUUGCAGAGGAGAACAAGCAAGGUCGUGGCCGCUCUGGAGUCACCCACGUGUUCGGCUUCGCACCGAACAGUAUCGUCAAGGCGUCCUGGCGCGAGACUUUGGAUGAUGAUGGACUUGGCCGCAUCGGCUGGAAGGUCGAGGAAGGCGACGCUAUCGCUGCUUCAUAUUCCGUGGUCAGGGACCCGCUGACCGGCGACUACGUGAAUCAAGAUGGCAUUACCCACAUCCACAAGUACAAAGAAGCGGAAGAGGCGUUCAUUGAGGAGGUCAAGCUGAUUGGAAACGAAUCUGGCAGCAACGAUCCAUGCCAGGCUGUAAGCAUCCGCUUCAGGAUACCACGUUCGCCAGUCAUCGGUGACAAGUUCUCUUCUCGACACGGGCAAAAGGGUGUGUGCUCACAAAAGUGGCCUACGAUUGACAUGCCCUUCACCGAAAGUGGUAUGCAGCCGGAUGUCAUCAUCAAUCCUCACGCUUUCCCGUCCCGUAUGACAAUCGGCAUGUUCGUGGAGUCACUAGCUGGCAAGUCUGGAGCUCUACACGGCCUGGCGCAGGACUCAACACCCUUCAAGUUCAAGGACAAGGAAGGCGAGACCGCAAUCGAAUACUUCGGCCAUCAGCUCAAGCGCGCUGGAUACAACUACUACGGCAACGAACCAAUGUACUCUGGGAUCACUGGUGAAGAGCUGGCGGCGGACAUCUACAUCGGUGUCGUCUACUACCAGCGUCUGAGGCACAUGGUCAACGACAAAUACCAGGUGCGAACGACGGGUCCUGUCACACCUCUCACUGGCCAGCCCAUCAAGGGUAGAGCAAAGGGUGGAGGUAUUCGUGUCGGAGAGAUGGAACGUGAUGCUCUGCUUGCGCACGGAACGGCCUUCCUGCUUCAGGAUCGAUUGAUGAACUGCAGUGACUAUACAAAGGCACAUGUCUGCAAGAGCUGUGGAAGCUUUUUGUCAACACAACCAAGUUCUGGACAGUAUGGAGGUCGAAGAAGAGAAGGUGGACGCACGAGGUGCAGGAAAUGUAGUCGCAAGGCCCUACCGACUGAUCCUAAGAGCGAAUGUUGGGAAGACCGAAAGGGCACGAAGUGGGUUGGUGGUGAUAAUGUCACUGUGGUCGCAGUUCCUGGUGUGCUGCGAUAUCUAGAUGUUGAACUGGCGGCGAUGGGAAUCAAGAUGAACUUCAAGGUCGGGCCUUGA